GAGGACAUGAGAGAGACAGAAUGUGGAGGAGAGAGAAGUGGGCGAAAACAGUUUGACAGCGUCUGAGGAAGACAAGACGUGGAUUAUUAGUUGAACAACGCGAAUUCCCAAACCAGCUCUAAAUUCUAAUCCUACAGAAAAUUUAGCUUUGAAAAAUUUCUCAGAGACGUAACCAGGGAGAUUUCUCCUUCCUUCCUUCUUCCUUAUCCUGUAUUUCUCUUCACUUCCCCCCUUCUCUCUCUAACAUUUUCUCUCUCCUCUCAUCCCCUGGGGGGUUUUCGGCGGUUUUCAUCCUAAGUUGCUUCUUAAUCAUUUAAAUUUGUACAUAUUUCGUAAAAUAUAUUUAUAUGUUGUGAUUUAAAUCGUUGAUUUUAUCCUUCUUUUGAUAAUUUUUGGAUUAUUUUAUUUGUAAUUAUUAGGAAUAUUCUUGUUUAGAUAACUGAGUAUUGCUGGAAUUUGAAUUCGUGGGUAUCAAGAUAAGCAAAAAAAUUUGAAAACAUUUUUUUUUUUUUUUUGCUUCAAUUUAUCUUCCCAACUAGUUUUUAGCUUCGUUGUUCUGAUAGCUAUAGCGAAAAAGGUAACUUGGGAGGUGCAACACGACGAGAAUUCAAAACGAUUUUUUGUUUUUCUGGGCGCUUGUGGUUUUCGGGAGUAAUUGAAAUUUGGAAGUUUUCGCCGAGGUGAAGGAGAUGGCGACACUUAUGACAUGAGAGGUAGUUUCCAUCUCCGUAGAGGGUGAGGUGGUGCUUUAAAGAAAAAUAAAAACCAUCUGGACUUAUGAUUGAGGGUGAUUUUGAGGAAUCGGUUAUCUUUGUGUCCUAGGAGGUUGCUACUUUUCAUCUCUUUGGUUUUGGGGAUGAUGAAUGAUGAUCAGAAACCGCAGCAAGCAGGCGGCGUUCGGUCCGGUCGAACCAAUGGGUUUUUUCCCAGCUCGCUCCGGGCUAUCUCCAGCUACCUCAGGGUUGUUUCCUCCGGUGCUUCCAACGUUGCUCGGUCUGCUGCAUCAGUUGCGUCCUCGAUUGUUGAUAGGGAUGAUGACGCCAAUUCUGAUCAGGUCAUCUGGGCUGGAUUUGAUAAAUUAGAGGGUGAGGGAGAAGUCACCCGUCAAGUUCUACUUCUAGGAUUUCGGUCCGGCUUCCAGGUUUGGGAUGUUGAAGAUUCACAUAAUGUGCGUGACCUAGUUUCCAGGCAUGAUGGUCCUGUUUCUUUUAUGCAAAUGCUACCAAGUCCAAUUGCAUCAAAGAGAUCAGCAGAAAAGUUUGCAAAUAGCCGCCCGCUGUUAGCUGUCUGUGCUAAUGGUUUCUUUGCUGGAGGCAGUAACAUUCAGGAUGGGCCGACCAAACCUUACAAUGGGGGCACCUCCAAUUUCCAUGAGCAAUUGAAUGGAAAUUAUCUGCCAACGACUGUUCAGUUUUACUCCAUGCGAUCCCAGUCAUAUGUCCAUGCACUGAAAUUUCGAUCAGUUGUUUAUUCUGUAAGGUGCAGUUCUCGAGUAGUUGCUGUAUCUCAAUCAACUCAGAUACACUGUUUUGAUGCUGCAACAUUAGAACGAGAGUAUACUAUACUUACCAAUCCUAUAGUUGUAAGUUGUCCUGGUUCUGGAGGGGUGGGCUAUGGACCGCUUGCAGUGGGUUCAAGAUGGCUGGCUUAUAGUGGAAGUCCAGUCACAAUAUCUAGUUCUGGGCAUGUCAAUCCACAAGAUUUGACAACUUCAGCGAGCUUUCCUGGUUUUUCUUCAAAUGGGGGCUUGGUUGCACACUAUGCCAGAGAAUCAAGCAAGCAACUUGCUUCUGGGAUUGUGUCCCUUGGAGAUAUGGGGUAUAAGAAACUUUCCAGAUACUACUCUGAGCUUCUGUCUGACAGCAACAGUUCUUCACGAUCUGUAAAUUCAGGUUGGAAGGGCAAUGGAACCAUUAAUGGACAUUCAGCAGACACCGACAACAUUGGGAUGGUCAUUGUAAGGGAUAUUGUCAGUAAAAAUGUAGUUACUCAACUGCGAGCCCACAAAAGCCCUAUUUCAGCCUUAUGCUUCGAUCCCAGUGGGACCAUUUUGGUGACUGCUUCAGUUCAGGGGCAUAAUAUAAAUGUAUAUAAGAUAAUGCCUUGUCACUCAGAGGCAUCCGAUGCUGGCCCUUCUAAUGUUCAUCUCUACAGGUUGCAACGUGGCUAUACUAAUGCAGUAAUACAAGAUAUUAGUUUCAGUGAUGACAGCUGUUGGAUUAUGAUAAGUUCCUCUAGGGGCACUAGCCAUAUAUUUGCUAUAAAUCCUCAGGGAGGAUCUGUGAAUAUUCAAGCCCUUGAUUGUAGUCUUCCAACACAAAAUAACGGAUUGGGUGGUAUUACUAACCAAGCAGUCCUCAAUCCUUAUAGUUCAGCCUUGCAAAUGCAUAAAAAGCAGAGCCUGUGUGCAGCUGGCCCACCAAUCACACUUUCUGUUGUUAGCAGAAUUAGGAAUGGAACUAAUGGCUGGAGAGGCACUGUCAGCGGUGCUGCUGCAGCUGCCACAGGAAAGAUGAGUUCCCUUUCUGGGGCUAUUGCUUCAUCUUUCUGUCACUGCAAGGGCAUUGGCAGAUAUGUUGAUGGGAAGCAUUCCAAAACAAAGUAUCACUUGUUGGUUUUUUCAUCCUCUGGUUCCAUGAUACAAUAUGCUCUACAGAUGUUAAAUGGUCGAGAUUCAGCUAUUGUGUCUGGAUUAAACCCUGCUUUUGAAUUAGCUCCACAAGCUGAUGCAAGAUUAGUAGUGGAAGCUAUUCAGAAAUGGAAUAUAUGUGAAAGACUAAGUUUACGGGAGCGAGAAGAUAACAUUGACAUAUAUGGUGAUAAUGGAAUUCCUGAUGGCAACAAAAUUUAUCCUGAAGAAUCGAAAAAGGACAUUGUCAGUAACCCAAAAUUCAACAAUGAAGUUGUGAAAGCAAAUUCCUCUUCAGAGGAAGAUCGUCAUCUGUAUAUUUCCCAAGCUGAACUGCAGAUGCACCAAACUCACACUCCAUUGUGGGCAAAGUCUGAGAUAUAUUUUCAUUCAAUGGUGAAAGAAGCUACUAUAAUAGAUGAAGGAGCUGCUGCGGGAGGGGAAUUUGAGAUUGAAAGGAUUCCUACUCGCAUUAUUCAAGCGAGGUCCAAGCACUUAAUUCCUGUUAUACAGACCCCCAAACUCCAACAAACAAGGGCCUAUGCUCUGGAUGGCAGGGUAAAUGAACAAUUGUUACAUCAGAGUACUGGGAUGUCUGAAAAUGGCAAGAUUUCAGACUGUACGACAAACUCUACUGAAUUGGACAAUGGCAUUCAAGUACCUAGAUUGGGUGAUCAUCUUCAGCCAACAAAAACAAGAGGCUAUGUAAAUAAAAAUAACUCCCCAAAGCCAAAUUCUCAGUUUGAGAUUGUAAAUAAUAGAAUAGAGCACUUAAGCAUGGAGGGUCAACUCAAGCUAGUAAAUAGAGUCAGAGAUGGCCUGCUAAUGGAGAAUCACAUUGAAGAUUAAAUAGUAAAAGCAUUCAAAUGGUUUGUAAUUAUUCUUUCAUUUGGCCCCGGAAGCUCAAUUAACAGUGUUAAUAUAAAAUGGUUGGAGAGGUGAAGAUCCUGAAGGAGUAAGUGCUUGACUAUUAUGCAAAAUUGUGGAUACUGCUCUGCUGGAUUUUAUCUGUUGGCCUUGUAAAUAACAUGCUUAUAUCAAUAAUUAGUUAAGAGUAAAUAGUAGAAUCAUAACUUUUCGUUUACAUUUUUCACCCCGAAAAAAAGGAAAAAGGAAAGUUCUCGAUUACUUUUUAUUUUAAUUUAUUAAAUUAAGAUGAUUUCCUCUA